CAGGCUUUAACAGUGCUCCACUUCCGCUGCAGUAAAAAAAGGGGGCCGCAAUGGCCAUGACAUGCGGAUAGGGAGCACAGAACCAACCUGUAAUGAACACGUCUCUCAGGCCGGAGCUGGAAAUGGAGGUUUAAGUGGAGGUCCACCAGUCCGGAGCCAGAUUAUGGUGUGAUUGGAGUGAAACAUUCAGAGGCUUACCUCAGUGAAUAUGAGAAGUCGAGAGGCAAGGGUGUGGCCUGAUCGCAAAAAAGUUCAUUCGAAAGAAUACAUCAGGGGGAAGUGGAGAGAAAGCCACAUAUGUACGCUGGGGGAUGAAGUACAAAUUGUCGUUUGAUUUUAGGGCGACUGUCUGCAACAUGAAGCUUGUGUUUGCACAAAGAAACUUUUGUUGUUUCUGCUUUUUCAGGUUGUAAGACAAACCAAACUAUGUCCUAACGCUCCAGCUUUUACAUCUCAACUCCAAUGCAACACAGCUCACAGAGGAAACAACCUGCACCCAACAACAUGCACUGAAGCAAAGGAAACAGGAGGAGCAGCAGCACAGUGAAAUCUCUGAUAUGUGCAGCACUUCUGCAAAGUCACUGUCACAUUAACCAAGUUGGUCAACACAUCCAGCAGCCGACACGGACAGUCAGUCAGGUUGACGGUCACAAACGGAGCAGCUCAGGGGGGGAGGCCGGCCUGAAUGUAAGGUGAAAACAGCCGGCAGGAAGACAUGAGGAGAGUUCGGAGAAAAGGGGCGAACAAAGAGAAGGUGUUUGGAUGUGAUCUGCUGGAGCACCUGAACGCCUCUUCUCAAGAGAUUCCUCUGGUGUUGCGAAGCUGCAGUGAGUUCGUUGAGACACAUGGAAUCGUGGACGGGAUCUACAGAUUAUCUGGAGUCUCGUCCAACAUACAGAAACUGAGGGGUGAGUUUGAGAGCGAUGGGAGUCCGGAGCUGAACAAGGAUCUGUACCUGCAGGACAUCCACUGUGUCAGCUCGCUGUGCAAAGCGUAUUUCAGAGAGCUGCCAAACCCUCUGCUCACAUACCAGCUGUAUGACAAGUUUGCUGAGGCUGUGGCCAUCCAGCUGGAGGAGGAGAGGCUGGUAAAGAUCAGAGAUGUGCUGAAAGAACUACCGAGACCACAUUACAGGACUCUGGAGUUUCUGAUGCGCCACCUUGUCAGAAUGGCCUCAUACAGCUCAGAGACCAACAUGCACGCCAGGAACUUGGCCAUCGUGUGGGCCCCCAAUCUGCUCAGGUCGAAGGACAUCGAGGCGUCUGGGUUUAACGGUACAGCGGCCUUCAUGGAGGUCAGAGUUCAGUCCAUCGUGGUGGAGUUCAUCCUCACACACGUCCCUCAGCUGUUUCCCGAAGCAGGUGAUUCAAACGAGAGGAGGAAGUCCCUCCCCUCCCCGACAGCAGCGUGCGUGCCAGAGGAAUUUUUCAGAUCUCAGCCUGUCCCCAACUUUGGUAACAUCAGUCCCGGAGACGGUCCUCUCGCCAUAAGACCCUACCACGCUAUCAUCGAAGGCACUGACAAGAGGAAAGGAUCUCUCAAAGGCAGGAAGUGGAUGUCCAUCUUCAACAUCGGAGGUCGAUUCCCCGACCCACGACGGAGACACAAACACUCAGCCAAAGAGAAAGAGAGGCAGGUUCUGAGACCAGCAAGAAGUAUGGACUCCCUGAGUACACCGCCCUAUCCAAAUGAAGAUUCUGUUCCAGGUUGCAGACGUCCUGCCCAGCGCCCUCCUUCCAACAACAUCCCAACACCCUCUCCCCUCAUCACCUCGUCCCCAAAGCCUGGCUUGGAUGUCACGGUAUCCACCGGUGCACUAGGUGGGAGUGAAUACGCGGUAACCUACCGCAGGGGAACUGGGUUAGUUAGCGGGGGAACCCAGGGCACCUACACUGCUCUUGACCCUGAAGGUUUAGGACUGACAGGCAAUGAGACUCUCCAGUCCAGAUCCCCAGGGAUCUCCACUAAAGUAGGCCGAAGAGCAGCCAUGCACAUAACGGGACCCACCAUGGUUACAGUGCCCCUGCAUAUCACCUCUAACCUGGCAUUAGGGGUGCUUCAAGGGGGCGGGGGCGACAGGAUCAUCCAUCGUGGCAGGGAUAAGGAUGGAGGGGACAGGGUGGAAGGUAAGGAGGGAGGAGAGAAAGUGGAGAGGAGGGAAAGCAGAGUCAUUGAAAAGAAGGUGGAAGAAAGCAGACAGGUUGAGGAGGAGGAGGAGGAGAUAAAUCACAGGGAGAAAGUCUUGGAUGCAGAGGAGACUGCAGUGCCGGAUGACGGAGGGGAGGAAGGAGGUGAAGAAAAGAACGAGGACGAGGAAGAGCUGGUGACGGGAGGUCGAGGUGUGUCCCGAGAAGAACGAAUCAGGAGCUUCAGCGCCUCCAACACUGAUGAAGAUAAUGAAGAAGAUGCUGUCAUCAGUGACUACAUGGAUAUGAAAGGGAUGCAGCCGGUCGAUUUUCAGCCAGAGGUGACUGAUCAUGACGAUGACGGUGUGUAUGAUUCUUUUAACGUGCUCAGCUCAGCUGAAGUGGAGGGAGACGACCUGGGACUGUCCGGUUACGUUCAAGAUAACUUUGACUUCCUCGACCAGAUGGACUGCAGCGCCAUGGACCACAUGGACUGCAGUGUGCCGUGUCAGGUGAACGAGUUCUCUGUUGAACCUCCUGGUCACUCGGAUGAUGAGUAUGAAGUCAUGGAGCAAGCUCAGACCUCCUGUCAGCCUGCAGAGGUCCAGACACACGUGCAGCCAGACCCUGAGACACGCACCCGCAGUCAGACCGAGUUAAACCCACACAGGCCGCUCAGCCUCGACAUAAACAGCCGACACACUAAAUCCCUCAGCCUGCCUUACAUGACCUCACCUGUCCGCGGACCGGAGGACUCUUCCUCUGAAGACGAGGUCGAAGGGGACGACAGUGAUGAAAAUUAUUACAGUAGUGACGAUGACAAUGACAGCAUGUUUGUUAAAAGCCUCCCCCCUGAUUUCUUUUUAAGCAAUCUGCCCGACUUUAAACCAGACACUGAUGAACAAGACUGUUGCGCUCACGAUGGAGUUCCUGCAUGUCAGUUUCAGAGCUGCGAGGAACGGGAAUGCCAGCCACAGAACCAUGAAUGUCCUGCAUGUGAAGAAUCACAUGCAGGAGAUGAGGAGCAGAUAGAAGUGAGAGACAAAGUAGACGAAGAUCAAGGUCGGGAAGCAAAGGAGAUAACAAAGACAGAAGAGGAAGAUAACGUUUACCAGGAAGGAGAGCAGCUGGAAAACAACAAGCAGAGCAAACCAACGGAGGAAGACUGCAGUGUCAUGGAAGACACUCAAAGUGACAAAGAACAGCGUAUUUCUUCAGAGGCUUCAACGCACUGCUGCGCCGAGUUUCCACUGCCGAGCGAUGACGAAUCAAGCACUAUGACUUACACAACAGUGGAGGAGGAGAAGGAAGUGGUUGAUAAUCCUUACAGAGAUUAUCUACCUUGUCAGGCAGUUUCUAGUGUCACGCAGAGAGAAAGUGCUGACGUGUUAUUAGAGGAGUCCAGAGACUUUUCUGCAGGGGCGACAGAACAGCCCGGAAUCUGUGUUAGAGAGGAUGCAAUGGAGAAAGACAGUGAUGAGGGAGAUGGCUGGAGGGUAUGCAAAGAGAUAGACGACAUGUGUCAUGAAAUGGGUCAGGAAAUGAAGGAGGAUGAUUGGGAGGUGUGUGAGGAAACCGCUGAGGAAGAGAUAAAACCUGAAGAAACGAUGCAGGGAGUCGGCAAAGAGCAGGAUAGUGCAAUUUGUGGGACGAGCAAUGACACUGGUGAUGAAUUAGAGGAUGAAGAAGAAGCGCAGGUUGAGAAGAAGGGUGCAAGAGAAAGUGUCAGGGAGGGAGAUGGGAUGGAAGAUGUUAAAGUUGCAGAGGAGGAGGAGGAGGAGGAAGAACAGUUAGAAAAGGUCUCAGAGGAAAUGGUGGAAGAUGGCGAAGGAGGGACAAAGGAGGCAGAGGUUAGAAUAGAGGUUGUAGAGGAUUCAAAGCUCACAGACACAGAGAUGCAACGAGAGUUUGAGGAGAAAGAGACAAACUUACCAAACACAAGUGAACAAGAUGAAGCAAUUCAAAGGCAGCGCGCCAUGAAUGACAAAACACAGCAACUCCACAGAGAAGAAGUUGUUUCGAAAGAAAAAGAGAACAAUGAUGAGAGAGCUGGUGAGCACAAUACAAAACCAAGUGUAGACAAGCAGGUGAAAGAGGUCAGGUCUGAUAAGAAGGAAGAGGGCAGAAAGCAUGAGGAAAAUGACAGCAGCCAAGGAGGAGUAGGAAGGAAGUUGGUCGUCUUCAAAAAUCCCAAAGUUUACCAAGUAAAAGCAGUGCCGGUCGUGCCUCCGAAGCCUCAGCAUUGCAAAAUCACCGCCCUGACCCUCCGACAGCAGCAGCAGCAAAGAGAGAGAAGGGACGCCGGCUCCGUGGGGACGACGCUGAGAGUCCCGGCGGAGCAGGACAAAGUUAGCGCGGGAGGGGAACAGGGGAAAGACGGAGACAGGGAUGGAGAGAGGGAAAGGAGGAGGGAGGGGGAUGAAGGCGCCACGAGCAGAAACAGUCCCCUGAGCAUGUGUUUCGACGAGGCCGUUGCCAUAGCAACCAUGAGGCGAGAAAAAGAGAAAGGAUGCGAGAAGGAGAAGGAGAGGCAGAGGGAUCGGGGGAAUGAAGUACAGUGAAAGGGUUUUUUUUUUUUUUUAUGUCUGUAUGUUGAUGGAAGUGUACAAACUAUUUUUCUGUGUAGCAUAAAGGGCUGUAUGUUUCCUGUGCUGGUCCAGUAUAAAUUACAACAACAGUAUUGUCUAUGCAAUGCUACUAAAGAUGAUUAGGGUGGAAACUAAUAGGUUUUAUGUUAAAGGGUUUUCCUGUUACAUUAGAUAGAGAAGUGGAGCAAGCUGACAGGAAAUAAGGGGAAAAGAGGUGGCAUGAUACAGAGGUCCCCAACCGGACCAGGACUGAUACAAACACCUGGUCAGUGUGUCGAACCCCUAUAGGUCACAAGGACCCAGCCAGGAAGCUAAUAAAUACAUAUAGCUGCAGUGGCAAAGGUUAUUAAGUUAAAAAUAAAUAAACUGAAACUGAAAGCAAACACACAAAAGGUAUUAACAGUGAAGUGCUGCUGAAACAUGUUGAGGAUGAAAUAUUUUAAAAUCCGUUCUGCAGGUCUGAAAAACAAAACAAACAUCCCGUCAUCCGUCAUUUGAUUUUAAACAAAAGUAAAAGAAAAAGGUUUAGCCUUAAAAAAAUCCAGCUCACUCCUGUUUGCACUAGUCUGAUUAUACAAUGCUUUGUAAUUAAAUAGAGUAUAUGUAUGUAUACAGUUUAUGUAUAAUAAGCAGUUGGCAAGUAACGUGGUAAAAUAGUAGAUUUGAAAGAGCAGAGAAGAUGAAGGGAUAAAAAUCUGCAAAAGUCUUUGUCUGCAAACAUUUUUGGAUUAUGUGAAUAAAUAUAUGUUUCCAA